GACUGCAAUCUUUCAAAUUUUCCUGGAAGCAAGUCCCUCAAAGUGAUUGGGGGUUAGUGUUUGGACCUAGUCAACAUUAUACAGUAUUUAGGUAAAUAAUAAGUCUUGGUGCCAUUCAGAUGCUCCUAGUUAUGUUAAAAAAUGAAGUCUUUUGUAACAAUAAAAACACAGUCCGGUGAGACCUUAAGAACUAGCCAAUUGAUUAUUGUAAAAGGAAGAUUUUGGGGCUGAAUUCGAAGUUUUUUGCUUUCAAGCAGUGUUCAUAGGAUUAUUUUUUGUUACGUUUUUAGAUGUUUAAUAUGGCCAGGUCACAUACAAGGACAAGACCAUAAACUAAGUUUAUCAUUCUUAUGUCUCUAUGGAUAUUUUUUUUCUUUUCAGUUGACAUACAGUUGUAAUUAAGAGGGAGCAAACUGUUCUAGACUAGGAUUACCUUGAAAACCAGACUCUGGUGCAAUUCUUCGAAGACAUUUUGGGAAUAACAUGAAUCAAAGCUAGUAGGGUUGACUUCAACCUCAGCACGUCCGAGAUCGCCCGCUAACUUAUAAGAAAUGUUGCAAGACGAGUCUCGGACCUCCCCUUUUUUCCCAGGGAGCGGCAUUGGGAUGCAGUGUAGUGGCAGAGAAGGGCGGCGCUCCUCGUGGCUCCCCGUGCAAUUCUAGCCGGAAGGAGCUGCCGGCUGAGCGAAGGCGGGCGAGUGGCUGAGUGGUGGCAAAGCGUCACGUGAGCGUCCCGCACGGGUCUGGGGUCUUGGUGUUGUCUCUUACCUUUGCCCGCUGCCCAGAGUUGCAAGUGCGUAUAGUUGCUAUUGCUGAAGUCAUGUCCUACCAGACUGGCAUCCAAGCUAGUGAAGAAGUGAAAGAAACAUUUGCCAGAGCUAGGAAUGGCCAAUACAGGGUUUUAAAAAUAGUUAUUGAAAAUGAGCAGCUUGUUGUGGGAUGUGCUAAGCAACCUGGUUCAAUCUGGGAAAAGGAUUAUGAUUCCUUUAUUCUUGCUCUGCUGGAAGAUAGACAACCAUGUUAUCUCCUGUAUAGAUUAGAUUCUCAGAAUCCCCAAGGAUAUGAAUGGAUCUUUAUUGCAUGGUCACCAGAUCAUUCCCAGGUUUGUCAAAAAAGGUUAUAUGCAGCUACUCGGGCAACUUUAAAGAAAGAAUUUGGAGGUGGACAUAUUAAAGAUGAAGUAUUUGGAACUGUUCAGGAUGAUGUUUCAUUAAAUGGUUAUCAGAAAUAUUUGAUGACUCAGUCUUCCCCAGCUCCUCUGACAACAGCUGAAGAAGAACUUCGAUAAAUCAAGAUUAGUGAGGUACUGCAUUUUGGUUUGGAAGUACAAACUGAAGUCAGUGUUGAUACUAAACAUCAGACUUUGCAAGGAGUUGCAUUUCCAGUAGCUUGGGAUGCCCUUCAGGCACUAGAAAAAUUGAAAAACAAAGAGCUUAACUAUGUACAGUUGCAAAUCGAUAUGAACAACGAAAUUAUUGUCCUGGCCAGUACUUCCAGCUUAAAGGACUUGCCAAGAAGAGUUCCUAAGAAUUCUGCACGAUACCAUUUCUUCCUCUACAAACACUCACAUGAAGGAGACUAUUUAGAAUCCAUAGUUUUUAUCUACUCUAUGCCUGGUUAUGUGUGCAGUAUACGAGAAAGGAUGCUUUAUUCUAGCUGCAAGAGUCCUCUUCUAGAAAUUGCAGAAAGACAACUGUGGAUACAAAUCAUUAGAAAGCUCGAUGCGGCUCUCGUCCAUGAAGAAACUUCAUUGCUUUUUAUUUAUAUGAUGCAGCAAUAGAGGCCAUAGGAUUGCGUGCACCGAGUACGGAGCCCAAAGGCACCGG